AUGGAUUAAACUGUUGUUGAUUAAUUGUCUUUAGAUGCUAUACCUUAUUAUCAAGAAUAGUUGUACGGAGCACUGUCUUUAGUUCUAGAACUCUAAAAUAGAAUCGAAGCUGAAAAUGAAAUUACUGAAAAUAUUGUCGUUAAAAUGUAAGAUGACAAUAAGAAUGAAAUCUAUCAACAUGUCUUGGACUUUGAUGAAAAGAACAUUGAUGAUGUAAUCUAAGAAAUGAAUGAAAAAUGUUUAACUCAAUUAGAAGAAAUAGAUUAAGAAACAUUUAAAUAAGAGGAAUAAAUAUUCACUAUGAAUUAAGUAUAUUAUUAUUAUAUAUUCUAGAAAAUAGAUGAAUUAGAAGAUAUCAUUUCUAAUUGCAUGACUCAAACAAACAAAGAUUAAGUAGUCUUAAACUAAUUAAAUAAUUUGAUCAAGGAUAAGUAAUUACUACUACAAGACAUUAAUUUAGAAAUCAAAGAACAAGAAUAAAUUAAUAAGCAAAAUUAAUAAUUUAUUAAAAGAAGAAUGAAAUAAGAAAAAUAAAAGUAAUAAGAACUUGAUGAGAAGAUGCUUUUAAAAUAAAAAAAAUAAGAAUAGAAAUAAUUGUUAAAAGAAAAAACUGCAAAAAAUGAAGAGCUCUUAGUGUAAUCAUUGGUCGAGGAAAAAUAAAGACUCUAAAAUGAAUUGGAUGAAUUAAUUAAUGGUUAAGAAUAAAAAGUAUAGUAAUUACUGAGUUAAAUGGAAACUACGAUUAUGGAAGAAGAUGAAAAAUCUAUUGUAACUUCUGUUGUGUUAAGAGAGAGUUCAAAUAAAUCACAUUAUGAAAAAAAAGAAAUUCAAGAACAACCAAAAAAUAGAGCAUGUUGUGGAGAGUGUAUAAUAUUCUGA